CGAGAAUGGAAUUCCAAUCCUCUCAUUCAUUCGCGCUUGCAACGCGACAUCGGAUGACAGCCGCUCAUCUCGGGGAGGUGGGUAAGGAACGCCGUUUACCUGACUGAAGAAGAGAAAACAUUGUCUUGUACCAGAAUUGCGGCGAAAUGGCAGCCUCAAGUGAAUUCCCAGAGAUUCAAGGCGGCGGCAGUUUGAUGCUGGCCUGGCAGAUUCGAGGCAAGAAAGCUCUGAUUGUCGGUGGUGGCGAGGUCGCAGCCGGCCGCAUUUACCACCUGCUCAAUGCCGACGCCGUCGUGACCUGUGUCAGCCCGUCAGCCGGCUUACAUCCUGAAGUGGCGUAUCGCAUCGCCCAGGGUCAAGUCACGCACGUCGACCGGCUUUUCUUGCCUACAGACCUCGAUGACCCAGCCAUAUCCAUGGUCCUCGUUGCCAUUGACGACCCCGUUGCGUCCUCCGAGAUAUGGAAGCUCUGCAAGGCACGUCGCAUCCCCGCCAACAUCGCCGACGUGCCGCCCGAGUGUGAUUUUUAUUUUGGCAGCAUCCACCGCGACGGUCCGCUGCAGAUCAUGGUGUCGACAAACGGGAAAGGUCCACGUCUGGCGAACCAGAUCCGCAGGCACAUUGCAGAGAGUCUACCGCCAAACGCGGGCGCCGCCGUGGAAAAAGUGGGCGCGCUGAGAGCGCGGCUAAGGCAGAUCGCACCCGACGCGGAGGAGGGGCCAAAGAGGAUGCGUUGGAUGAUCAAGGUCAGCGAUGCGCUCACGUUCGAGCAACUGUGCGCCCUGACGGACGAGGACAUGGAGAACAUUCUGGAAUACUACAUGGCCGAAGGUGUGCCGACAUUCAAGGAAAUCAUGGACAUGAGGGCAGAGAAGAAGGACAUUGACCCUUUAGCUGAGGAGGAGGUGGAGGAUGUGGUUGAGGAUGUUGAUAAGAAGUUGCACACCUAGAUUUCGUCAAUCGGUCACCCGCCCGGGUUCCAUGUGUAAAAUUCAAGCCGCAAUCCACUCACUGCCAGACGUGGUUACUCCCACCUUGCGGCAUGCUGCACAGCAUUCAUUUACUAAGGUAGAAAUGAUGGGCAAGAUUUCAACUCAGCUGAACAUGUCAAUAAGCAGACAAGCCGAAACAUGACCGUCUCUCUUACUUAUUUAAUACUAUUUUGAAAGCUGCGAG